ACAUAUUAUAUGCUAAUGGUUGAGCAAUAUCAAACUUUUUGCAGAAUUUUGUCAAAUAACCGACUCAAUGGGCCUAUUCCAGCUUCUUUGUGUGAUGGACAAUCAAAAGGAUUGCUUGAGUUGAGAGUGGACAACAAUCCGGAUAUAUGUCUCUGUCAUAGUACAUGUCAAAUUGGCAGCAAAGGAAGGAAGCUUGCUACAUUCACCAUUGUGCUGAUCACUGUCAUCCUGGCGCUGAUUAUACUGCUGCUCCUAUCACUGCUUUUAUUCUUCUCGAGGAGAAAAAAAUCUAAGACAAAAUUAUCACCGCCAAUUCAAGACUCGCUUGCUAUACCCGAAACCCAUAGAUUUACAUAUGAUGAAUUGAAGGCCAUCACCAACAAUUUUGAUCUUGUACUUGGAAAGGGGGGGUUUGGGAAUGUUUACCAUGGUCGAUUGCAUGAUGGCACUGAAGCUGCAGUAAAACUUUUGCACUCACAUCGGAUGGUCAAAGGGACAUCAUCUGAGGAGUCCAUGUCUGCAAAUUCUGGCUCCAGAUCACAUGGGCUGAAAGAGUUUCAAGCCGAGGCUCUUCUCUUAUCGAGGGUCCAUCACAGGAACUUAGUGUCUUUGAUCGGGUACUGUAGAGACAGCAAUCAACUUGGACUUGUUUAUGAAUAUGCUGCUUGUGGAAGUCUUAGAGAUCAUCUUUCAGAUAAAACUGGAAAUAGCCAAACAUUGAGUUGGAGAGAACGAAUUCAGAUAGCAGUGGAAGCCGCACAAGGUCUGGAGUAUCUACACAAGGGAUGUGUGCCACCUAUAAUCCAUAGAGAUGUGAAGACUAACAAUAUCCUCUUAACACAUGACUUUGAGGCAAAGGUAGCAGAUUUUGGGCUGUCAAAGCCUUUCCUGACCGAUGCCCAGACUCACGUAUCUACUGAUGUUGUGGCUGGCACUCCAGGAUACAUAGAUCCCGAGUACUCUGCUACCUUCCAGCUGACUGAAAAAAGUGAUGUAUACAGCUUCGGAGUUGUUCUUCUGGAGCUGGUUACAGGCCAAUCAGCCUUGUUGGAUCAACCAAAAAGGUGUCACUUAGUCCAAUGGGUACGAUCGAGGCUAGCUGAAGCCGACAUCACUAAGGUGGCUGAUCCAAAACUCGGAGGGCAAUACGACAACUGCUCUAUCCUAAAGGUCAUUGAUUUAGCAAUGCGAUGUGUUGAUAUUUCUGCUGAUCAGAGGCCAACCAUGACCCAAGUGGUGAUGCGAUUGAAGGAGAGUUUGCAACCAACCGGAGAACAACACUGGAAGUGACCCAAACGCAUAUAUGGAAAUCAAUGAUGCUGGGAAUAGUGGAAUGGCAACAUAAGCUAUGCUUGCUCGCCUCUCACUUUAGAGUUUCCGUUUGUCAAAUUUGUAAAUAUAAAAUCGUGUGAGAACAAAUUGUGUUUGGAUCAUAAUGUUUGAUGAGAGCUGGGUAGGCUCCAAAGUCUCCUAUGAGAAAUCAUUCAUCCAUGUAUGAGUACUGCCUGUGGACUUACUUGCAAGCAAGUAACAGGUGAUCCUUUCUUUCUCUUGUAACAGCAAAGCAAAUGGUGUACAAACGCCGAUACUUUUGUAUGGCUUAGAUGCA